CUACAUUGCCCACCUUGCGCGUGAAAGCGGUCUCGAUGACGGCGCGGUGAUAUCUCGAAACUCCGGAUGAGCAAGGUGCAUGUGGUUGUAAGGAGUCAGCGCGUGUCGACGCUAUCAACUGAUUACAAUGAAAGCCGAUUGAUUGGACAACCUCACGUUCGUCACGGUCGACUCAUUCCGGACCUCACCUCAAUCAAACUCCAGCAUCAUGGCAUCUAAAUUGCCCUACAAAAUCGACACGCACGUCCACAUGCUCCCUCCAGCAUACCGACAAGCAUGCAUCGACAAUGGCCACGCCAACCCCGAUGGCAUGCCUUACCUCCCCGAAUGGGACCCGGAAACGCAUCUGGCACUAAUGGACGACCUUAACAUCCAAAAAGCCAUCCUCUCCGUCUCAUCCCCCGGCACGCAUCUCGUCGCCGGCAACGACGCCCUCGCAGCAAAAGUUACCCGCGAAGCAAACAGCUACGCCGCCGCCCUGAAAAAGCGCCUGCCCGAACGCUUCGGCUACUUCGCCUCUCUCCCCAUCCCAGCAGUAGACGUCUGUCUCCGCGAAAUCGAGCAAGCAUCGCAAGAAGGCUGCGACGGCUUCGUGAUGCUAACAAACGGGCACGGCAUCUACGUCGGCGAUCCCAGCCUGGACGCCAUCUUCGACGAACUGAAUCGUCGGCACGCAACGGUGUUUUUCCACCCUAGCACGCCGAGGUGUCCCUGCUCGCCAGCCGAUGCAGCAGCGGGGCAGACACCGGUUAACGCCACGCCGUUCGCGGGCUAUUAUCCGAAUCCGAUGAUGGAGUUUCUGUUCGAUACGGCGAGGGCGAUGACGAAUUUAUUCUUGAGCGGGACGGUCAGGCGGUGUCCCGAUAUUCAGUUCAUCUUCUCGCAUUGUGGGGGUGCAUUUCCGGGUUUGUUGUCGCGGGUGACGAUCUAUGCGAGUCUGGUACCUGUGCCGUGGACGGGGGUGUCGGAGGAGGAGGCGCGGGAGGCGAUGAAGAAGCAGGUUUGGUUUGAUCUUGCGUGAGUCGGGGAUUGUUGUCUUCGGAGCUUAGCAUCUGGGAGCUGAUGAUGCUGCAGUGGUUUGCCUUUUCCCGGCCAAAUACAGGGUUUGUUGGCUGCGGGUGGGCAGCGAGAUAAGCUGCUAUUUGGGAGGUGAGCAGAUUAUCUAACACACCAUCUUCGCUGCAUGUUAAGCUGACAUGUACAGUGACUAUCCCUUCACCCGGGAGGAACCAGCGCGAUUGGCUGCCAGACUAGUGGACAACGGCGUGCAGGAGGUCUUCAUAGCGGAUGAGAUCGAGGACAUUUACAACCGCAAUGCUCAGCGGCUACUCAGCUACCC